UGCCAGAGUUAGCCGCCAGCCCUGUGUGCCUCUGGGCUGAGUCUCCCUCAGAGGGAGACAGACAUACUGACAGAGAAAGUGAGCAAGGGGGGAGAGAGGGAGAAAGUGAGAGAACAGGAAAGAGGGGAGACAGAAAGACAGGAAAAUCCAUCAGAAGAGAAGAGAAACGGGCAAGAGUUGACAGAAGAAGAGGAGAAGGGAGAAGAAGAGAGUAAAAGACAGACUGAACUGAGUAUCAGUCUCUCUUCUCCUCUGACAAAACAGGAACAAUCAUGGCUGAGAACACCACUAAUGUCUUUCUGGAAAUACUUCAGUCGUUCGAUGCUGUUCCUCUGAUCAUAGCUUUCUGUGUGUCCAUGGCGGUGGGCCUGGUCUUGGGGGCCCUUGUUUACGUGAUCCUGACAUGGAUGUCCCGCAGAGCAGGCUCUGCCAGCAUCACCCGCCGCCCGCUUCGCCAAUCGCGCACCUCCCCCCGUUCCCGCCCGGGCUUCAACCGCAACAGCAGCUAUGACCGGCGGAGCAACAACAGUUUGGUCAGUGCUGCUUUCAGCUUCCACCGGCAGACUUCCUCACCAGAUCACCUCGACCCACUGGGGCACAAAUCAAGCUUUAGGGCCUCAACCUUCCACCCUCUCCUCCAAUGCAGCCAAAUCGCGAGAGAGGCAGAGGAGGGGAGCCAGACCACGCUGCCUCGAACACCAACUCUGACAACCUCGGCUGGGUCAGCUCAAACAGCAGCCCAAACGCCUGCCACCCCACCCAGACCUGAGUCAUUUUGGGGGAACAAUGGUGUGAGGGGUUUCCAAGUUACACAGACCCCACCUCCAGCAUAUGAGAGCAUCAUCAGAGCUUAUCAGGAAACAUGCACCUGAGAGGAGGCUCACAUUAACUGAAUGACCUCAGAGUUGUAAAUGGAUUUACAAAUAAUAUUGGACUAAAUCUGUAAAUCUGAUUUGUAUGACCAGGUGGAUCUGGUUGGAAAGACUAAGGAAGUCAAGGUCAUUGAGUAUCCUGCUCAUAAAGCACAAUGACACACAAACAUCUGUUUUGUUUAUCUUUUGGUUUUGCUAAACAAUAGGUCUUGACAUAAGCAUACUUGACUUUCAUCAUUCAAUACUGAUACUUCAACAAUGUUGCAGUGGCUAUUUAUGAGCAGAAAUGACAAUAUCUUAACAAUAGAGCUGCCUGGUGAAAGUACUAUGAAGUUAGGUUCUAAUCAUUGCAAUGACAUUUACUGAAGAGAAGAUGACCAUGCACUAAGCUCCAGUGAUUUUAUUGUAUUGUAUUGUAUUGACGAUGUUUCGACCACACUUGGUCUUUCUCAGGACAAGUUCCAGUGCUUGGACCACAAGCUGUUAAUUGAAUACAGGCAAUGUUUCUCCAUUUUUUGUCAUCUUUAAGUUGAGUUAUUGAUACAUUUGAACAUUUUGGGGAUAUGUAGUUUAUGGUGUGUCACUGGCUGUACUUGACACUUGUGAUGAGCUUAAGUGUGGUUGAAAUGUCAGUCAUAAAAUAAAAUCUAACUAAAUCUUCUCCUCAAUAUAUAUCUUAACACUAAGCAGUCAGUAUUGAGUGGUGAUUGACACAAGUGUAUGCUUGCAAAUAAUCUUUGUUUAAUUUAGACGAGGCAAAAAACUAAAAAUACAUUUAAUUAUCUUGGUAUUUAUGAUGCAUGGCAAGAUUUCUGGUUUGCCGCUGCUGAUCAUUUGAUAACUAUGCAAAAAAAAAAGAAGGGGGGAAGCAUGCUGUGUAGUUCAAAGGAAGACAAGUGCUUGUGUGUUAUCCUGUAAUUAAUCAAUUAAAGAUACAUCAGUGAAAUAUCUUUGCAAAACCCUGGCAUGGGCUGAUUUAUAACUUAAAAUUAUUUGGUGUUUUUUGUUUGUUUGUUUGUUUGUUUGUUUACUGCCUCACAUGUUUUUUUGCAGAGCUGUGGUAUGUGGGUGUUUAUGGCAUUCAAAAUAAUUUAGUGUGUGUGUUUGCAUGGACAGUAUGUGUGAGCGUGAAAGAGUCACAGAGAAGUGGGCAUUAGGUGUCUAAAGUUCUUCUAUUAUGUGUGUUUGAAUGUACUUUACUGGAGUUUGCUCAUAAGUUAAUGCAAUAAAAGUAACAAUCAAAAGUAUGACAACUGGGUUUUUCAUUAUUUGACAUAAUAAUGGAAAUACCUGGCAUCAACAACCCUUUCUAUGAAGCACCGUCUGUGUGAUUAUAAUCUUUCAGAGCUGCAAAGAUUAGUCAAUUUAUCGAUUAGUUGAAAUUAAUUGCCAACUGUUUUGAUAAUCGAUUCAUCUCUUGUUCUUUAAGAAAAAAUGUACAGAUUACAUGUUUUUCAGCUUCUCAAAUGUGAAUAUUUUCUGGUUUGU